AUGAAAGCUUUCUACGUAUUCGUCGUUUCUCUGCUUCUCACCCUUAAUUCUAGGGGAGAAGCAAGUGGUUCUGUUUUCUUCAUAGAUGGAUCCAACAACCAAUAUCUUCGUCCUCGAUCAUCCAACGAGGCACUUCCCAUGUCACUCUCUGAAAUAUCUGCAACAGUGUCUGCAUUGUUGGGUUUUGCACCUCCAUCAACUUUGACAGCUGAUGGCUCAUCCAAGCUGAACAAGAUUCUAAAGCCUAAUCCAUUUGAGAGGCCUCAUGCUGCUUUUGUGCUAGAAAUCGCUGGAGCUGAUGCUACGCUUGUGGAAAGUCAUUCUUACUUGGGCAAUGCCAUAAAGGGCAGUAUUAAUUCUGAUUCUCACAGAGCAGAUAUUGAACUUCCAGAAAGUGAAGUGGUUGUUGUGUCUGUCAAUGAACGUUCAUCUGAUGUGACUGACAAAGACAUGAAUGAGUUUGCAUCUUGGUUGGGUGGAUCAUAUGUUGCCGGCUCUGCCGAACCAUUGACUGGAUUGUUGAGUAUCCCUCUGGCUGGUGGUGCUAAUGUGGAGUUCCAUUUGGCAAAGGAAGCAGAGAGGAAAUUUGCAUUGAACCUUUUGGAUCUAUAUCAGAAUAUCAGACGAGCAGUCGGCCUUCACGAGGAUUCAUCUCAUGCUCAAUUAACAGCUGGACGCUUUAGUGGUAUAGAUGCUUUAGCAAAGGAAAAUGGACAAGUUAUGGCUAAGCAAGGGAUGAGUGUAUUGCUUGCCACAGUAUCAAAGCUAUUCGAUCUGUUGGAGACAUCUCACAAAGGGCAAAUUGUUGGGGUGAUCGUUCUCGAUGAGAGAGCAAACCAAGAAUCAGCUAAUUUGCUGAACGUCGAGUCUUCUUCUCGCUCCGCUGCACGGUCGAUGGCUGAGGUAGAGGGAAUUCCAAGCCCAAUCAUUAUCGCUCAGAUUAUACUUGUUAGGCUGACGCUUGCAUGGUUGACUGGAAUCAUCCUUCUCAUUGCAACUCUCCUUGGGGUGUACUUCCUCAUGUACAUGCCUUUGACAAAAGACACACUUCUAUAUUCCAACGUGAAGCUCGACUAA